UGGGUCUGUUGAGCUCUCCUGGGCUUGGUUGCCUUUGACUGAGACUGGAGGCAGACGGAAAGAGCCACAGGCAGACUGAGGUGGCAGUAGAAAACCUGCCGGGAUGUUCACUCAGGUGCCCAGGACCCCAGCUUCAGGCUGCUACUAUCUAAAUUCCAUGACACCUGAGGGCCAGGAGAUGUACUUGCGAUUUGAUCAGACUACAAGACGCUCUCCUUACAGGAUGAGCCGGAUUCUAGCACGCCAUCAGCUAGUGACUAAAAUUCAACAAGAAAUUGAGGCGAAAGAAGCAUGUGACUGGCUCCGUGCUGCUGGUUUCCCGCAAUACGCUCAGCUAUAUGAGGAUUCACAGUUUCCCAUCAACAUUGUGGCUGUCAAGAAGGAUCAUGAUUUUCUUGAAAAAGACCUUGUAGAACCCCUUUGCAGACGACUGAACACGUUGAACAAGUGUGCCUCAAUGAAACUUGAUGUGAACUUCCAAAGGAAGAAGGGUGAAGACUCCGAUGAGGAAGACCUCUGUAUCAGCAACAAAUGGACUUUCCAAAGGACCAGCCGCAGGUGGUCUCGCGUGGACGACCUGCACACCCUGUUCCCCGGAGGAGACAGAAAUGGGUCGCUGGGAGGCCCUAGGAUGCGCAACACGACCAGCAGCGAGAGCGUCCUCACAGACCUGAGCGAGCCCGAGGUCUGCUCCAUCCACAGCGAGAGCAGCGGAGGCAGCGAGGGCCGCAGCCAGUCGGGCCAGUACGGGGCUGACAGCCCGGUCAUGCUGGAGGCCACGCUGGUCGGCAGCAGCCUCCCCCAGUCCCGAGAAGGCCUCAGCCACCCUCUCCACACCAGGAAUGAGAAACCUGGCAGGGCCAGGGCCAAGUCGUUUUUGAAACGCAUGGAAACGCUGCGCACCAAAGGAUCCCACGCACGGCUUAAGGGGCCCGGGCGGACAGGCGGCCUGGUCAUCAGCGGGCCUGUGUUACAACAGGAGCCGGAGUCCUUUAAGGCCAUGCAGUGCGUCCAGAUCCCAAACGGACACCUCCAGACCUCGUCCCCCGCUGCCUGCCAGAAAGGGCUGCCCGGCUCCGGCAAAUCGAGCGGGGACAGCAGCCCCUCGGAAAACAGCAGCAGCGGGGUGAGCACGCCUUGCCUGAAGGAGCGGAAAUGCCACCAGGAGGCCAACAAGCGCGGGGGCAUGUACCUGGAGGACCUGGAUGUGCUGGCCGGGACCGUGCUGCGGGAGGCAGGGGACCAGCACCACACGCACGGCUUUCACUCCCAAGAGAACUUGCUGGUGCAUAUCCCCAAGGAUCACAAACCAGGAACGUUCCCCAAGGCACUUUCCAUCGAGAGCCUGUCGCCCACUGACAACAGCAAUGGGGUUAACUGGAGGACCGGGAGCAUCUCCCUGGGCAGACAGCAGGGCCCAGGGGCCAGGGAGCCGCGGCUCAUGGCGCCCUGCCACAGAGCAAGCCGAGUCAGCAUCUAUGACAACGUGCCCGGCUCCCAUUUGUACGCAAGCACGGGGGACUUGCUGGACCUGGAGAAAGAUGACCUCUUCCCCCACCUGGAUGACAUCCUGCAGCAAGUCAGCGGGCUCCAGGAGGUGGUGGACGACUGGUCAAAGCAUGUCUUGCCGGAACUGCAAACUCAGGAUGCGCUGGCUGGGGAGCCCGGCUUAGCGCCCUUUCCAUCUCCUAAUCAGAUCACCUUGGACUUCGAAGGCAACUCAGUCUCUGAGGGUCGGACCACGCCCAGCGAUGUAGAAAGAGACGGCGGGUCUCUGAAUGACUCCGAGGUCCCUGGGGUCAGAGAGAGGAGGGAUUCUGGUGUGGGAGCCUCUCUGACCAGGCCGAACAGGCGACUGCGAUGGAACAGCUUCCAGCUCUCACACCAGCCCCAGCCCUCGCCGGCGUCACCCCACAUAAGCAACCAGACGGCCAGCCAGCUGAACCUGCUCCAGCGCUUCUCACUGCUUCGCCUCACAGCCAUCAUGGAGAAGCACUCCAUGUCCAACAAGCACGGCUGGACAUGGUGCGUAGCACGUUCCGGAGAGGGGAUCGUUUAUCCUAGAGCUAAGUCGGUUCCAAAGUUCAUGAAGAGGAUGAAGGUUCCGGACUACAGAGACAAGGCUGUCUUUGGCGUUCCUCUCAUAGUCCACGUCCAGAGAACAGGACAGCCUCUGCCCCAGAGUAUUCAGCAAGCACUGAGAUACCUGCGCAGCAACUGCCUCGAUCAGGUGGGUCUUUUUCGCAAGUCAGGAGUGAAGUCUCGAAUCCACGCCCUACGUCAAAUGAACGAGCACUUCCCUGAGAACGUCAGCUACGAAGACCAGUCCGCCUAUGACGUGGCAGAUAUGGUGAAGCAGUUCUUCCGGGACCUCCCAGAGCCACUUUUCACCAACAAGCUCAGCGAGACCUUCCUCCACAUCUACCAGUAUGUCCCCAAAGAGCAGCGGCUGCAGGCAGUGCAGGCUGCCAUUCUGCUCCUGGCCGAUGAAAACAGGGAGGUCCUGCAGACGCUCCUGUGCUUCCUGAAUGACGUGGUCAACCUGGUGGAAGAGAAUCAGAUGACACCCAUGAAUCUGGCUGUGUGUCUGGCCCCUUCCCUGUUUCAUCUCAAUCUGUUGAAGAAGGAAAGCUCUCCCAGAGUCAUACAGAAGAAAUACGCCACUGGGAAGCCAGAUCAAAAGGACCUCAAUGAGAAUCUGGCUGCUGCGCAGGGUCUCGCCCACAUGAUCAUGGAAUGUGACAGACUUUUUGAGGUCCCACAUGAGAUGAUAGCCCAGUCUCGUAAUUCCUAUAUGGAAGCUGAGAUCCAUGCACCAACCCUGGAAGACCUGGGGGCCCAGCUGGAGGAGAGCGGGGCGACUUUCCACACCUACUUGGAGAAUCUUGUCCAUGGCCUGCAGAAAGAAGCCAAGGAGAAGUUCAAAGGAUGGGUCACGUGCUCCAGCGCCGACAACACAGACCUUGCCUUCAAAAAGGUGGGGGACGGGAACCCGCUGAGGCUGUGGAAGGCCUCUGUGGAGGUGGAGGCGCCCCCGUCGGUGGUGCUGCACCGCGUGCUGAGAGAGCGCCACCUGUGGGACGAGGACUUUGUGCAGUGGAAGGUGGUGGAAACUCUGGACAGGCAAACAGAGAUCUACCAGUACGUGGUGAACAGCAUGGCCCCCCAUCCCUCCAGAGACUUCGUGGUUCUCAGGACCUGGAAGACCGAUUUGCCCAAAGGAAUGUGUACCCUGGUGGCCCUCUCCGUGGAGCACGAAGAAGCGCAACUCAUGGGCGGCGUGCGGGCGGUGGUGAUGGAGUCUCAGUACUUGAUAGAACCCUGUGGCUCUGGCAAGUCGAGACUGACCCACAUCUGCCGGGUGGACCUGAAAGGUCACUCCCCAGAAUGGUACAGCAAAGGCUUCGGACAUCUGUGCGCAGCGGAGGUCGCCAGGAUUAGAAACUCUUUCCAGCCCCUCAUUGCUGAGGGCCCAGAGACCAAAAUCUGAGCUUUUCCAGGGGACACCAAACUCAGGGAAGAGGAAGAGAAAGCAAAUGCUUGUGACAGAGAGCGUGCGCGUGAGGAAACCAGAGAGAGAGAGAAUGUGGGUGACCCACGUGGUUAACGCUUCGGAAUGGAAGCAGUGAGAAGCAGGUGGCUGGAUGAGGAUGCAAGGAUUUCUGAGAACUUUCCGAGCCUUCCUGGAGAUGGCUACGUCUGUGCUAAAAGAAUAUUUUUAAAAAUCAGAACAUUUAUCUAUGUUACUUAAAAUUCCGUGGACUAUUCCUUGUGCAUUGCCUAAUUUGCUAUUUAAAGGCUUCUAAGAAGCAUAUACGGGAUUGUAAAUAAAUGUAUGUAUAACAUUUGUACAUAUGUGUGUAUAUCUCUAUCCUUACUGUACAUUUGUAAAGUAUCAAUUUUAUAGAUAAUUGUUUUGAAAUGGAAUGUCUGACCCGGUGAGUCCCUUCCUCACGUCGUUACCCUGUGCCCUGGCUCCCCACCGUCCCAUAAGCUGAGCAGGACCUGCUGCUAACACCAAAGUGCGAGCUCAUGUGGUCCGUCGGUCUACCUGAUGACUAACCAAAGAUCAGCUAACCAAAGGGAAACCCCAUUAAAAGGUUCCGAUGCCUUGGCGAUUCGCUCCUGGUAUCCAAAUCCUGAGAGUGGAGUGUUGGGACGAAGCAAGGGAAAGAAUACUGACUUCGUUCAUGCGAAGCAGUGGGUGAGAAGUCUUUACCAGACUGAAGUGUAGAGAGAUGAGCAGCUGCCCCUGGACCUUCCGGAUGCAACUUCAGUGAGGCUGAUGGAGCCCGGCAGUCCGUGCCGGUGACUGAGAACCCAGAUCCCCCUGCCCCAGUAGAGCUGAAGAGCCCUGACAUCUGCACAGCCAAAGACAGCCUCUGUGUGGGCUCGAGUUUUCACAGAAGCAAGGGUACUUCAAAAAGCUCAUGGGAAAGUACAGUUAAAAGAUCAUGCAUGUUUCCCCAAGUUUUUGAAGUAGCCUCCUAUUUUUCAUAACGGUGUUAAACGUUACUCUGUUUGACCAGUGGCCUUCACGGGCAUUGGCGUUUGCUUACCAAUGCAUUGCACUGAAUUUAACUUGGACACCAGACAAAGAGAGAUGAUGGUGGUUCACGCCAGGAAACUCACCUCUUGUUCUGCAUGAUGCUCUUAAGACAGAACUCAUUCAAGUUCUGCAAUCUGAAAGACAGGGUUUUUAAUUAAUAUAAGACCAAAACUAUGUUCUUUAGUUAGCUUUAGGAAAUAUAAACAGGUUUAUUAAUUUCAUGUUUCUUUGUUAGCUGGCUCAAACUACCUAUGCAUUUGACCCAAUCUUAUUUAUUAUUGUAAAGGAUGAACAAGUUGAUUCUCCUAAACCAAUUGCUAAUGAAUUUGUUUUUAUUAUAAUUCAGCAACUGUAAAAGAAAGAUAACUUAUUGUGUUUGGUUUCAGGGAGAGAGAUUUUCUCUGGUUGUCUGUGACAGAGAUGGAUCUCUCUAAUGUUAGAAGAAAAAAAGAAAUGAGAGGUUCAGGGGUUUUUUUGUAUUAUAGGCAUUUACGUAAUGUUUUCUGUUAUCAGCAAUGUGCAAUUAUCUUAUUGAAAGGAAUAAAUAUGCUAUAUAUGAGUUGAGUAUGGUGCGAGGCAAAUCAUACUGUUUCUAUUAUGACUAGGGAUUUUCUAUCCACCUGUCUACCUAAUAAGGUGACAGCAAACCCAUAAUUUACCAUUUGGACAUUGCUUUGUGAACAAAACAAAGUCAUGUGUAACUCUCUGUGCUGGGUUACUUUUUAUGCAUCAACAAGAUGGAUAAUGAAGUUUAAUCUAGCUAGACACUGGCCCUGCCCUGGGGACAGGACCCUACAUGUUUGGAAAACAUGAGAUAGGCACACAGAAUGAAGGGUAUUGUACCCCCAGGCAGGUCCGCGCUGCACGUGACGCACACACACAUGUCGCCUGAGAGCUUGUUAAAAUGCAGACUCAUGCAGCAGUCUGGAGUGGGCCCCAGAGUCUGCAUUGCUAAUGGGCCUCGGGGAUGCCUCUGCUGCUGGUCCAGAGACCGCACUCUGAGACGCAAGGACCCAGAGGACACUUAGAAUAAAAGCAAACGCGACUGUACUUCUGACUCCCCUCCCUUGGAAUCGCCUGGCUGGUUUUUGGUUGUGCACAUGCUCAUCACAUCCCUGCAGCUUAUGAAUUCAGUGCAUCCUUUUAACAAAAGGAAAAGGGGGAGAGGGGUCAAAGAUGCAUCAUACUUAUUUGUCAAAUACCACAGUAUUUUAUUCAUGGUUAUCUUGCCAAUGGAAAUAAAAUAUGAUAUUGCAUUUAAAUAUUAUAUUUAUACCUCAUGUAUAUUUUACCUCGAUUGUUGGUAUCAAUCAUCAAUUGUAAAUAAUU